GUUUCAAAAAUGCCGAACUCACACUUGUCCAACUUGUCUAUUGCCAUACAGAAGGCAGAUUCCGUCAGUAACACCCCUGCCAGCUCUGCCCUCAACACGCCAGUGCUGGGGCAGCGGCACGACUCCAUAUCCUCUACUCAUAGCCACAGCAGUAGCAAUAACGAGAAUUUGCGAGUCUCUUACCAGCCUCCUACUGUUCAACAUGGAACAUCUACAGUGAGCACAACAGCUUCUUCAGCAAAAGCUUUCAGACCAGAGCUUUCACCUCUAUCAACAACUUUUGACGAUUCAAUAACUGAAGAGAAAAAAGAAGCAAACACAGCUGAAGAAGAAGAAGACGACGAUGAAGACGAAGAAGAUAACGAUGUAAACCCAGCAGAAGAGGAAGAUCUUAAGGACUAUGUUCCGGGAGGCUACCAUACCUGUUAUAUAGGUGAAAACUACAAGAAUGGCAAAUACACCUUAGUGAGAAAGCUUGGAUGGGGGCAUUUCUCAACUGUAUGGCUUGCUAGAGAUAAUGACAAGCAUUCGCAUGUGGCUAUGAAAAUCGUCAGAAGUGCCAAACACUACACAGAAACAGCCGUGGAUGAGAUCAAGUUGUUGGACAAGGUUACAACUUCAGAUAUGCAUCAUCCUGGCCAUGAACACGUAAUUCAGCUUCUUGACACAUUCACUCACAAGGGUCCCAAUGGUGUUCAUGUAGUUAUGGUGUUUGAAGUGUUGGGGGAGAACCUCUUGGGACUCAUCAGACGGUACAAACAUCGCGGUAUUCCCAUUGUGUUUGUCAAGCAAAUAGCCAAACAGCUUCUUUCCGCAUUGGAUUUCUUGCACAGAAAGUGUGGGGUUAUCCAUACCGAUCUCAAGCCUGAAAAUGUAUUGAUUGAGAUCGGUGAUGUAGAGCAGAUCGUAAAAAUCGUAGAGGAAGAAGAAUUUCAAAAGAAAUUACAGAAAAAGCUUUUUAAACAGGCAAAGAAGUCGUCUGGAAACCCUACACCAACGACUUCAUUACAAAGCACUCCGCAAUCGCUGAAAGUGGGUGACAUACUUUCACCAAUUGCAUCAUCAAAAUCCAUUAACCAUUCUCCUUCAUUGGGUAGAAAUGGCCGUAGAUCCAGAAGACAAACCUUGAUUACCGGCUCCCAACCUUUGCCAUCACCAUUGCGUACUUUCAAUAAAUCCUUCACCAAUGUCUAUGGUUUGGCCAAUUCCACGGCCAACACUCCUGUUAAGACUGGUUUUGGAGGUGAAUCGGUGUUAGAGUCAUCGAUUUCCACAGCUGUACCUGUCACUGGAAUGGACAGCAGCAACAUGGAUAUCACAUUGAACAGCUCAUUGUCAUCGAUGUCGAUAUCUCAGGCAGCCAAUGUAGAUCCUGUAGAGAUUCCAUCAACUUCUGUAGAAGAACAAGGUAUAGUUGACAAUGGGGCAGCCAACAAUGAUAUCAUCAACGAAGACGAGCUUAUCUCAGUCAAGAUUGCCGACUUAGGGAAUGCAUGCUGGACGAAUCACCACUUUACUGAUGAGAUACAGACUAGACAGUAUAGAUCUCCGGAAGUAUUAUUAGGCUAUCACUGGGGCUCUUCGAGUGAUUUGUGGUCGUUUGCGUGUCUUGUUUUUGAGUUAUUGACGGGUGAUUACUUGUUCGAUCCCAGAGACGGAAAAACGUAUACUAAAGACGAUGAUCACAUAGCCCAAAUCAUCGAGUUGAUAGGCCCCUUCCCCAGAGCCAUGUUGAAGGAAGGAUACUAUACACGGGAUUUCUUCAAUUCCCGAGGAGAGCUCCAUAGAAUUGUUAAGCUCAAGCCGUGGGGAUUGAAGGAAGUCUUGAUGGAGAAGUACAAGUUCCCAAUGCAAGACGCUAUGGAUGUAGCCGAUUUCUUGUUACCUAUGCUUACGAUCCAGCCGGAGAUGAGAGCAGAUGCUGGAGGUAUGGUGAACCAUCCAUGGUUGAGCGAUGCUCUUGGACUUGAGAAUGUUGUCCUUGAAAGACCUGUAGGAGGCUCAGGUGAAGAUAUACCAGGUUGGUCAAAAGAAUUAGUUAAUCAAUCACAAGGAUCAGGUAAGGGUUAUUAUCAUCAGCAUUAA